AUGGUGGUUCAGCUCUCCAAGAUGGAGCUGGAUUGGUGGUUCAAUUGCAAGGCACGCAUCCUUACAUCCGAGCAAGAUGUUACGUUGGUGCACACAACAACAAACAUGGAACACCAGAGUGGCUCAACAUUCUCCCAGUGGCACAAAUAUAUGGUGUCCGUUCAUGACACAGCAUGGACGUUGCAGGUCCCUUCAUAA